CAUGAGGUGAGUGGUUAGUAUCCGGGCGAGGCUCUCCAGCCCCUCUCUCCUCCCGCUCCCGGCGCGAAACGAAGCCGUCCACCCCAGGGCAAUUCUCAGACCCAGCAGAGGCAGCGGCGACACUCUGCGUAUAGAUUGACAUCCACUGUCAGAGUCUCACCAUAAAGCCUAAAUCGACCAUGGUACUUUUGACUCUAAAGCUGUUGCUCGCGGCGAUUUUCGCUGCUGGCGUUGCGGUUGCGCAGAAUUGUGAGGUGCGUUACAAACCCGAGGGCCCGCGAAGGGUAGAUGGGUGCACCAAUAUAUCACGCAUGAUCGUCGCGGGACGCCUAGCUAACUCGAGCCUUAUUCGUGUGUCUGACACGUGCAGUUCGACUGCUUGCAAACUCUCACCCUCGUCAGUGGGUCAUGCAGUUCCUGUACGUGCGAAGCGUACGACCACCCGGACUAUGUCCGCUGCAUGACCUCCAAGUGCGGCUCUAGUUAUAAAUGUAAGCACU